AUGAAAACUUUUGCCUUUUUAUAUAAAUUAAAUAUAAAUGAAAAAAAUGAUCAAAAUGAAAAUAUUCUUUUUUCUUUGUGCAUAAACAAAACAUAUAUCUAUAUUGGAUCUACAAAAGGAAGAAUAUUUAUUUUUAAAAAAAAAAAACUUUGUUUAUUUGAAGAUAUUCAUUAUGUAAAUAUAAUAAAACUUUCAACGAAUAAAAUUAUAACAAAGAUAUGCAUAAUUGAUAAAUUUAAUGUGUUAAUAAUUGGAACAGAUAAUGGAAAUAUAUUUCUUAUAAAAAAUAAGAGAUUGAUAAAAGGAAAGGAAAAAGAAGAAGAAGAAGAAGAAGAAAAAAAAAAAAAAAAUAUAAUUAAAUUGAAUAAUCACCUUCAUAAAAAUUGUAUAACAAGUAUAAAAUACAUUAUAAAAGAUGAUUCCUUAUAUAUAUUUGUUGGAGAUAUAGAUGGUAUAUUGUCAUGUUUUAUUUUAAAAAAAAAUAAGAAUAAAAUAGUCCAAGAAACAUCAUUGUUAAUUAUUGAUAAAGUAAAUGGAGCUAUCAGUCAUAUAGAAAUUUUACAAAAAUUAAUUUUAGUUACAUGUGAAAAAUUCAAUGCUAUUAUAAAUUUUGAUGAAAUUAUUAUGAAAGAAAAAAUAAAUUUUAAGAAUAUAGGGAAAAAAGAAAAUAACAAUUAUAAAUCAGUAUUUUUGAAUACAAAAAAAAAAAAAGUCAUGAUUUUAAGUUUAAGAAAAAAUGGUAGAAUAUGGCUCAGCAAUGAAGAAAAGGUUAUAAAUACUUUAGUCUACUAUUAUUCCUUUUUUUAUUUUUUUUAUUUAUUUUUUUUUAAUUCUAACAAUAAUAAUAUUUCCUUCAGUUAUUACAAAAAUUACUUUUUGAAUAACAAAUAUUUUAUCAACUUAUUAGAAAUAAUUUUAACAAAAUUUUCUAAUUAUAAUAUUCCUUUAAAGCCUAAUUUAAAUGUAUGUUAUAAAAUUAAUAAUACUUUUUUUAUUUUAUUUGAACAAACUAAUCCAUUUAUGUUUUUAAAAAAUUCAUGUAAUACAAAUAAAAAUUUAAGUGAAAGUGAAAAAUAUGAAGAAGACAAAUAUUUGAAGAAACUCAAUCUAUCAAAUGAUAUUAAACAUAUUAAGGAAUUUUUAAAAAAAAUAUUAUUAGAAGAAGAAAAUACUGAAAACAAAAAGUGCAUAUCAUUUAUAAUAAAUAAUUUAAAUGAUGCAGAAGAAGUUUUAAAUAAAAUAAAAAGUAAAAAAAUUUUCUUGAUUAAUAUUAAAAAUAUUAAAAUUGAAGAAAUUUUAGAUAUGAAUGUGAAAUAUUCUUAUUCUUUAUAUAAAACUAGUAAUUCUAUUAAUAACAUAAAAAUACAUGAAAUUUUAAAUGAGCAAGAUGAAACUAUAAAGAAAAUAAAUGAUAACAAUAUUAAUUACAAUUAUGAAAAUUAUCUUUCAAAAAAAUGUAGCAAUGAGGGGGACAUUGAAGUAAAUAUAAAUAAAAGAAGUAAAGAUAAAAUUAAUACAAGUAAUAUGAAUAAUACUAAUUUAAAUAAUAAUAAUAAUGAAUUUUGUGUACAUAACGCUAAAGUAAAUACAACCAAUAAAUUUAAUAAAAGACAUAAAAUGAGCUUUAAAGAGAAUAUGUAUGAGCAUUAUUUUAAAAGAGAUAGAAUAAUUGAUUCUUUUUUAUCAAAAAAUAAAUUAUAUUUAUUAUAUUAUAAUAACAAUUUAAAUGAAGACUUUUAUUGGACAUUAAAUAUGAAUGAUAAUAUUUUUACAUCAUUUAAUUUUUCCAGUAGAUCGAAUUAUAAGAAUAAAUUUAAUUUUUAUUUUUGUGAAAUUUAUUUAGAAGAAAAUUUUGAAUUAUUGAAAUAUUUAAGAUAUCAUAUAGAAAAAUUAAAAAAACUAGAAAAAUAUUCUUUUUAUAUUUUUUAUAUGUUUGUAAAUAUUUUUCAUAAUUACAUAAAGGAUAGAAAAAAAUUUUAUGAUAUAAAUUUUUUUUUCUUUAUUGAAAAAAAUUUGAUUACGAUUAAUGAAAAUUGUUAUAUAGAAAACAUUGAAGGUAUAUUAUUAAGAAAUAUAGAUGUGAUAAAAAAAAAUAUAAGCAAUUUAUUAUCUUAUGCAGAUAAGGGUAUUAAUAGUUUAUUAAUAGACAAAAAUUAUAUUUAUAAGAAUAAUUUUUAUGAUGAUAAGCUUUUUAUUAUUGAUUUUCAUUAUUUUAACUUUAACAUUAAAAAAAUUAAAAAAUUAUAUAACAUAAUGAAAAUAAUAAUUAUAAAAUAUAAAUAUCUUUUUUAUAAAAUUAUCGACAAUAUCGUUUUUUCUAAUAUUCACAAUAGUAACGAGCAGAUUUCUUAUGCUAACAAAAAUGAAGAUGAAACAAAUAUUUAUAAAUUUAUUGAUUUUAUUGAAAAUAAUUAUUAUAUUCUUUAUAACGUUUUACAUUAUUUUUAUAUAUUUUUAUAUUUAGAAAUUAUUAUUACCAAUUAUACACAUAGAAAUAAUAUAUGUCUAACUAAUUUUCCUGCACUCUUUGAAAAAAAGAAAGAAACAAUAAAGGAAAAAGAACAGUUAAUUUUUAAAGAUGAAAAAAUAAAUGAAAAUAAAGGAAUUUAUCAAAAGAAGAAAUUUUAUGAAAAAAAUAGAGAAAGUACUGAAACAAUUAUCUAUAGUAAUAAUUAUGAAAAUAAUGACUAUGAAAAUAUAAUUAAAAAGUUAAGUAAUGAAAUUAAUGUAAAUUUAAACAAAAAUAAAAAAAAAAAUUAUACAGAAAUAUGUAAUAAAAAUAAAAAAAAUAUAUUAUGUAAUAUUUUUAUAAAAAAUAAUAAGUUAUAUGAAUUGUAUUUGUUAAGUUUAUACAACUAUAUGAAAAAUGUUAAUAUGUAUGCAUUAAAUUUAAAAUUAAAAAAAAAAAAAAAAAAUCAGCACAAAAAUUUUAUUUUUUAUAAAUUAUUUCAACAUUUUAAGAAAAAACAUUUUUUUUUUAAAUUGAAUAGCAGUAUUUCAACUUUCAAAAAUUAUGAACUUUUUUUGAUUCUUUAUUUAUCUUUAAGUAUCUACAAAAAAAAUAAGGAAUACAAUUACUAUAGAUUUUAUGACAAACUUUCAAAUUACUUUAAGAAAAAAAAAGAAUCUAUUAAAUGUAUGCAAAUAAAUAAAAAUAAAAAAACAGAUACAUUCUACAUUAAGGGUCACUUAAAGAAAAACAGUUUUUUAAAAAAAAAGUUUGUUUUCAAUAUUAAUAACGAAAUGGAAGAAAAUAAGGAAAAACAUAUUUAUAACUUUGAAUAUCUAAACCGUUAUUAUGAAUGUAUGGAGAAUAUUUCAAACAUAUUUUAUUUAAAUAAGUAUGUUAAAAAUAUAUAUAAUAUUGAGUAUAAAAAAAAAAAAGAUAAAAUUAAUAUUCAUGAAUUUUUAAAUGGUUCAAAAAAUUUAUAUUUUUAUAAAAAAGUUUUAGAAGGGGUUUAUAUUAUCAAUAUAAAUGACUAUGAACAAAUUUAUGAGUAUUUUAUGCUGUAUGAAGCUUUUUUUAAAAUUUAUAGAUUUCAGAUAAUUUUAUUUAUUUUAUCUAGAGAUUAUAAAAUGAAUAAUACAACAAAUAACUUAGUGAAAUCAUUAUUUUUUAAUAAUUAUAAAAAUAUGGAAAAAAACAAUAUAAGUUAUGUAAAUAUUAUGACAAAUAAAGAAAUAGAAUUUUUUGAAAAAUUUAAUAAAGAAGUCUUAAAUAAUAAUAUAUUAUUAUUAGAUAUAUUAUUAAACACUUUUAAUAAUAUAUUUACUAAUUCAAAUAUUCAUUUAAAGUUUUUAAUUAAAAAAUUUUCUACAUUUACAUAUUUAAAUGAAUACAUUGAUUAUAUUAAACAGGAAGAAAUGAGAGAAUAUAAUGACAACAUUAUUUUAAGAAAAGGUAAAAAAUUUUUAUACUGCUGUCAAAAUGAAAAUUAUAUAAAAUAUAGAAAUUAUUAUAUACAUUGUAAUUUAAAUAAUAAUUUGUUCACUAAUUAUAAUUCUACAUGUUAUGUUAAUUCUGUGAACAAUAAUUUAAUUGUAACAAAACCAGAAAAAAAAUACAGAAAUAAAUAUUUAAAAUCAAAAAUAAAAUUUAUGAAAAAAAAUAACUUCACUUAUUUUAACGGAAACAAUGAAUCCAUGUGUAAAAUGAGCAGAAAAGAAAAAUAUGUUUAUAUUCAAUACAUAAAAAAAAAAUUAAAUGAAUAUAUUUUUUUAAAUAAUAAAUGCAAUUUAAAAGAUAGAAAAAAUAAUGCUCAAAUUAUAUUUUUUAAAAAUUUAGAUCUUUAUAAUUUUCUUAAAAUCUUUUAUUUUUUAUGUAAAACAAAAUAUAUUUAUCAUUUAUAUAUAAAAAAAAAAUUAGAAAGAAGAAGAAAAGUAGAUAAGAUGAGUUCUCAUGAUAAUAAUCAAGUAAUGUCAAUGAGUAAGAUUUUUUUUAGGAAUAAAAAUAGGUCAAUUAAAAUUAGCAUUUAUUCUAAGAUGAAAAAUAAAAUAAAUAUUUUGAAUUAUGAGCAUUUUUACAAUUUAAAUAAAAAAAGAUUAAGUUUAUAUAAGGGAUAUAUGAAAUAUAAAUAUAUUAACAAUAAAUUUAGUAUCUGCUCAAAACAAAUUAGAAUAGAAAAAAAAAAAAUUUUGAAAAACAUUUAUUAUGAAUGGAACAGUGAAUUGUGUAUUCAAUUUUUAUUUUAUCUAAAAAAAAAUAUAUGUAAUAAAUUCAUAAGAAAAAAAAGUUUACUAAUUUUAUAUCAAACAUUUUAUGUCUUAAUUUUAUUAAGAUGGAAAAGGGCAUUAUUUCUACUUUUACAUAUAUUUAGAAGAAAAAGUCAUGAGAUUAUUUUUUUUUUAUUAUUACUGAUAAAAUUUCCUUAUAUGCAAAAUUAUAGCAGUAUUACACUUUCUGAAAAAAAUGUCAUUCUCUUUUAUGAUAAAUGUAUAUAUAUAUUAAAAAAUAGAUUGAAAUUUCAAAAUAUAAUUUUUCCAUUUUUAUUACAAGUUAGUAAUAAUAGCCAUAAUUUCUCAUUUAUAAUAUUGUUAAUUAUAAAUUUUUUUUUUCUAGAAAAAUCUUUUUUUUUUAAAAGUAUACUAAAAUCAAAAAAAAAAAUGUUUGAUAAUUAUUUUUUGUUACAUUUUUUUUUUUUUAAGAAGAAUAUUUUUUUAAGGAAAUAUAUUUUUUCAAAUGAUUCUUUUAAAUCUUUUCAUGUUAAUGCAAAUUUUCUUUUUUCUGGUCAUUCUUUUAUUAAAUCUAUUUUAAAAUCAUGUUAUAAAUUAUUAAAUUUUGAAGAGUCUAAUUAUUUAAUAGUAUUAAAUAAUUCUAUAUAUACUCAUUUCAUAAAUUUGUUAUUCUUUUUUAAUAUUAAUUGUUUUAAUUUUUCACAUUUUCAUUUCUUCUUUUUUAUGUUAAUAUCUUCCUUUUAUAUUGGAUAUUUUGCUGAUUUCAAAUACCUAUUACAUUUUUUUGACGAAGCAUUUUCUUCUAUAUCUUAUAAAUUACAAUUAAUAAAUAAUCAAAAUGAAAAACAUGUAAAUCGGGAAAAUAAAAUGGUAUUUUAUCAUCAUGAAAAAAACUCAGAUUAUAUAAAUAGCAUUCAAAAAUAUAUACACUUAAAAAAUUAUGAACAAAAAUAUAAAGGAAGUUGUUACUAUAAUAUUUUGAAUAAAAAGUCAGGUGCUUAUUUUUUACAUACAAAAGAAAAAGUUAAUCCUACUUUAUUUUAUAAGAAUAACAAUAGUGAAAUAAUAUAUAAAUCCAUUUUAAAUAAAGAGAAAACAAACUUCUAUAUAGGUUAUAACUUGAAUUUUAUAGAAGACAAAAACAAAAAAAUUGAUUUCGAGGAUGAUAAAAUACUUAUUAGUAUCAAUUAUUUAAUUAAUUUUUUUUAUGAAUUAUUACUAAAAUUAUUAUUAGAAAUAAACUUAAAAUUAUAUAAUAAACAAAUUGAAUUAUUUAUAUUACCUAAUAAUAGAAAUACUGAUUUAUAUAUUAAAAUUAAUGAAUUUAUAAAUACUUUUUAUGGAACUUGUAUUUUGAUAUAUAAUAAAAAUAGUAAAGAAGAUAAUAUAUAUAAUAGUAAUAAUAAUGUAUAUAAAAGUAAUUUAGAUUAUUAUAAUAAAAAAAAUAAAAUUCACAUAUUUUUGGAUAUAAUAGAUUUAUUUUUUAAUAUUUAUCAUAAUUUGCUUUUUAUUAAAAUGUGUUUCAAAAAAAAAAGAAUUGUUUUUAUAAACAAAAAAAAGCAUUAUAAAAAAUACCUAUUAAUUUUAAUUUUUGUACUAUUUUUUAGUGUAACGAAUAAAAAAGGAAAUAAGAAAAGUAUGCUAAUAUUUUAUAAAAAUAAUAUACUUAAUAAUAAUAAUUUUAUAAUAAAAAGGAAAAUAAUAAAGAGAGAAAAAUCAUUAAAUAUACUUUGUUGUGUACUUUGUAUUGCUCACUUUAUUAAUUAUUUUAAAUAUGUAAAAAAAAACAUAAAAACAAAAUUUCUUUUCAUAAUUAAUUAUUUUUUAGUAAACUAUAAUAUUUUUUAUAUGAAGCAAAGCAACAAAAAAUCUACAUCCUCAAAAAAUAUUCAUAAUAUAUAUAAAACUAUUAUGAAAAAUCUACCUAAAAAUAUUAAAUAA